UACCGCGGCGGCGCGGGCCGGUGAUACCAGAGGCCGAUGGCGGCGGCCGCCCCGGAGGCCUGGCAGACGGUCUCCUCGCGCGGGAGGCCUCGCUCGGCCGCGCGGCGGCAGAGAAUCGCGAACGCUGGAGGCGCUCGUGCGGAGGUCGAGGCGGACUGCGGAGUCGUGCUUCGUCGCCUUCGAGAGGCCGAGAAUGACCUGCUUGUCUCUGAUUUCUGGAGCUCAGCACUAGAACCCAUCAGGCAAUGCCUUUCAAAGCAGCUGCAACAAAUGAAGUCCCCAAUAGGGAACCUUCCAGAAGCCCUUGGAAGCCUGUUUCUUCACUCACCACCAGCCACAUCAGACAGGGCAGCUGGCUUCCACCCAGGAGGGAGCCUGGCUUUGGAUGCCUGCCUGGUGCAGUGUGUUUGCUAUGGGCUGGGGAAUUUCGCCUCCUGCAUCACAGCCCGCACCCAGCUGGCAUUUCUGCUCCUCCUGCUGGACCGGUGCCAGAUACCCAGAAAUCACUGCUGGGUCUAUGACCCUCUGUUCAGUCAGCUUGAAAUUGCGGUUCUCAGCAUGCUCGGCGUGGCUGUUCUCACUGAGAACGAGGAAGGGAAGCGGAGUGUGCAAGGCGAGCCCACCAUCUUCUACAUGCCACACUGUGGGACAGCGCUGUAUAACAACCUUUUAUGGAGCAACUGGUCAGUAGCUGCCCUUUCCAAGAUGGUGGUCAUUGGGAACAGCUUCACAGGCCUCAGGGAAAGGAUGCUGACGAGGGUUCUGCACAAGAAUUACCCGUAUGUGGCAAAGGUCCUAGAGGGCCUGGAGGAGCUGCAGCUUCCGGACACCCCACAAUAUGCGGACACCUUCAAUGACACCUCCGUGCACUGGUUCCCCAGGCCACGGCUGGAGCAACUCCCCAGGGACCUGUGGGCCUUUCAGGAGGAGCCCAAUUACCAGGAAUGUGAGGACCUGGAGAUCAUCAGGAAGCAGCCUGCCCAUGCUGCAGCUGUUCCCCCGAACCCUGGUGCCACAGAAGAGGGGCUGCACUGA